AUCGUAUUGGCGUUUAAGUUUUAAACCCGCCUGGAAGUGUUCGAUCAAUAGUGUGCUUUCUUGUAAAGACACACCUCUCUCUUUAAAGAUACAAGUCUGUAAAAUAGUGUUUUGAUAGAAGGGAGGGAAUCGAAAAGCUUGUUGAGAAUCAAUGGACUAAUCCAAUAUGGUGGACAAUGUGACGACUUCUAUUUCCGGGAACGUUACUCUUGACGGUAAAAUUUUGGUCAACAGAAUUAUUGAAGGUCUUGUUCUAUCAGUGAUCUGCGUUGUUGCACUGGUAGCUAAUAUAUCGCUAUGGGUAGUUAUAUGUAGAACGCGGGAAUUGAAAACAGAAGCCAACUAUUUGAUUUUGUGUUUAUCUGCAGCUGACGUUCUUGUGUCAUUGGCCAUGCCGAUCACGUGUUAUACUAUAUUUAGGGGGGAUUGGGUAUUCAGUGAUGACGUGUGUAAAUUGGCAGGAUUUAUCAACAUGGUGACGUUUGUGGCCAGUGUUAUGUCACUGGGUGCAAUAAGUAUUAACAGGUACUAUAAAGUGUGCACAGGUCAGCGAUAUAAGAAAAUCUACACGAAGAGAAAUGUUUUCUUGAUUAUAUUAGGUAUAUGGCUAUUCUCGUCGGCAUUAGCAACGCCUCCUUUAGUGGGAUGGGGAGUGUAUAGCUAUCUUCCAAAUCAGUCUUUCUGUUUCAGUGAAUGGCCAGCUUCUAUUUCCUACACGUUUUUCAUGGUCGGGGUGUGCUUUGGUGGCCCCUGUUCCGUCAUGACGGUGUCCUAUUGUUUAAUUUUUAGAAAAUACCGCCGCAGUGCGCGGACAGUAUUACAUUCCAGUGCAUUACAUUCCAGUGCAAUACCUUCUAAUACAACUUCUAACGUCAACAACAUUGCUAUUAAUUCUGUGAAUGUACAUCACACGGUUACAAAAAAUGUAGUCGCCGUCAAAAACAGACCACUCCAAAUAGAGAAAAGACGCCUUGAAGAACUUCGACUCACAACUACCUUAUUAGUGAUGAUAUUAGUAUUCGUGUUGUCAUGGUUACCGUUUUGUGUGGCUAUGUUUCUGUCUGUUUUUGCGAAAGAAUAUUUGCCACAGGCGUUUGAUAUGUUUACCCUGCUGCUUGGUUAUGCGAAUAGUUGUUACAAUCCCUUUAUUUAUGGUAUCAUGAACAGUCGUGUUAAACAAGGUUACAAGACACAGUUUACAUCCCUCUUGGUAUGCUGUGGUUUAAAGAAACAGGGAAUAAAUUUAAACGAAUCAAGGUCAAUGACAAAUAGUGUCCCAGACAAUUAAAUGUGACGCGCACGACCGAAAUGAAGACAUCCAACGGGCCCGAAGAAUUCGGGUUAACGGCAAUGGCAACGAGGCAUAAUACACCCCUCGCCAAAUAAAAAGAAAGAAAAAGACAAGAACAUUGCGAGUGAACGUGCCACGCUAGACUAGCAUUAGCAAAGAUGAAAUCCACUCCACAGCUACGACAGCUUACGAGUGUCAUCGUCUUGACAAUUUCCAUAAAUCUCAUAUUUAAAGUAUCUGGUCGCCAUUUGACGGAUUGCUAUUACAUAUUGUGAAAGUUGAAUCUCUUAUAGGAAUAUCAAUCCAAAGUGGUUCAAUUCUGUAUAGUAUUUACAA